AUGUUGCAGAGCCCUCUCACCGGCUGGUAUUAUAUUUUCACAAGAGAACUGCAUAAUGUACUUGUACUAUUCUUUUCCACUAGCUUGCAGGCGAAAUCAUGUGACGAACGCGAUGGAGGUCGUGAUUCUAAACGAGUGCCAUCAGACCGGAGGUUAACGUUAGAAGCGGAGCAGUCGGUGAUUCGACACAACACUACACAUCAUUUACAACCUGAGACGCCUGUCGCCGCUGCGUGUCAAUCUCUGUGGGCUGCCAAAGGUCACCUCGAAGAAUUACAUGCUUUAGGCAUUUCGGAUCCGUCGUCGGCUUCAACUUCAUUCGAAUCGAACACGGACAACAGUGUAACAGAAAAUAAGGCCAGGGAUGAUAGUGCCGAUAAGAAACGCCUUCAGUACAGGUCGUCAAAACAGUUUCGCCGGCGAAUCUCCGUAAUUUCAAACGACGAACCGCCGCUUACUUAUCAAAAUUCGCAUGAGAGCGAUAUUUCACACGAACUGCAGAAAAUCUUCGAUCGCGGUAAUUCUCAUUCGUCAGAUUCACGGAAAUCAUCGCAAAGUACAUUGUACGAUAAAAGUUCAAGUAAGGAUGCUCGCAAUACGAUGCUUGACGGACAGCCCAGAAGAACAUCGUACAACAUCCGUGAUUUUAACCGUGACCGGAGACGGCGCUCAUGUGACUUUUUCUACGGUCGGCACACUGGGUCGUCAAGCCAUUUGGACUUUCCACAGUCGAACUCACACAGUGUUGUCUGUGGCACACUAAGUCGCCGAUUACCGCGUGAACUGCCCAUGCUGCCAAUAUUUGAACAGAAUCGCGACAUUAUUGGAGGCGAUUCUUGUGCUAUUAACGAGCGCCAUCUGCGUCAUGACGAGAACUCGUCGUACGAGCAAAGCAAAAAUCGCAAGAAACGUAAACGUCGUCCUGGUUCUCACAUUCAACAUGCCACAAUCGCUUAUGAUGCAGAUUUCUGGCCUCGAAACCGGCCGCGUGAUCCAUGGGAAAGUCGGUCAUUAUUGCUGCGCCGGAAGUUUUUAUCAACAGCUGCAGUGUCGAGUCUUGACAGCACAAACUCAACCGAAUCGAGUGCACCGGAUGCGAUGUUCGUGAGCAGUGUUGACAGUGGUGGAAGCGAUCUUGGUUACGUGGACGAGCAUAGUGACAGUUUGUUCCGUGAAUGGAGUCGUGUCGAUCCAGCUUAUGAGGAACGUGACGUGAGCAUUCAACGAUACCCAAGACGGCAACUCAUCCGUGGCGUGUCUGAGGAUCAGUCACCACUACGUGGAGAUCGACAGCGUACAUACACUCGUCAAUACUCCGCGAAUCCGAGAACCAGCAACGUCAUGGUGCCAUUGAUUCGCUAUCCGGACGAGGCCAAUUGUAACCGAUGA